CUCCAUCUCCCAGCGGGCAGCGCGGCGAGGCCGGCGUCUGGGCCUGGGGCUGCGGGGGGCAGCGGGGCCGAGCCGGGCCGAAGGUGCCGCUGGGGCCUGGCACCAUGGACAUGCCACCCAUCACGCCCGCCGAGCUGCUGUGCCUGGGCUCCAGCCUCGCCUUCUCCGGCCUCUUCUACUACCUGUACAGGAGGAAAGCCAGAGCCGCGGCACACAUACAGGAGGCCCCAAAGCUCCAGGUUGAUGAUGAUCUACCAGCACUGGUGUCUGCAGCUGAUGGGGGAUGCCUGCCUUAUGUGGCCCUGGAAGCCCUGCUGCAUCGGUCCUUAGGCAUCGUGCUGCCGGCCAAGGCUGCGCUGACCAGCCACUACCAUGAGGGGCUGCAGGGCGUGAUCCAGAGACUGCUGCUGAAGGAGCAUCGCCUCAUCUGGAACAGCUUGGCCCGGAGCUGGAGCGAGAGUGAGCGGGUGCUGUCAGAGCAGGUGUACAGCGUGCCCUUCGUGCUGGCCCCGGCGGGCGGCGUGGCGGCAGCACGGGUGAGCGUGGAGAGCCCGCUGCAGGCCGCCCGCCUGCCACUGGAGACCGUGUACGAGCGCUUCCAGCAGCCGGCACACGGUUUCGGAGACCUCCUGGGCCACUACCUGAGCGGGGAGAAGCCCAAGGGCAUCCUGGAGACGGAGGAGAUGCUGCGGGUGGGCGCUGGGCUGACGGGCAUCGGGGAGCUGGCCCUGCACCCCGACGGCUCGCUGCACCUCCAGCCACCGGCCCACGGCGCCGAGUACUUGCUGUGCCAGGGGGACUGGCAGGAGGAGCUGGCAGAGCUGGAGGCGGUGGGCAGGCUGUGGCGGGGGGCGGCCGUGUUGUGUGCUGUGGCGGGCCUGGCCCUGCUCCUGCACGUCCUGCACCGCGCCUGCUGCCAGGCACGGGCACCUGGGGACAAGGAGGAGACAGCCAGCAGCGAAGAGCCCGAGGCCGAGGAGCCCGAGGGCUGCUGCGUGAUCUGCCUGACGCGGCCCCGCGAGUGCGUCCUCUUGGGCUGUGGCCACAUCUGCUGCUGCUUCAGCUGCUUCCAGGCGCUGCCCACCCGCCUCUGCCCCAUCUGCCGCGGGCACAUCGACCGCGUGGUGCCGCUCUACCAGGCCUGAGCGGGCUGCCCGGGGAGGGCACGGCGCAGACACAGCUGGGCCUGGAGCCAGAGGCUCAGCUCUGGGCUUCCUGUGUGGAGGGAGGGGUUCUGGUGUGCCCACUCACCUGGUUUUGGGAGGCAGGGGGAAGGUAGAGCCUCCUCAUUCUCUGUCUGCCAGAGUGGGGCCUCUCCCCUGAAGAUGAAGCCUUGGAAACAUAGUGCCUGUGCCAAGGAGCUGAGCCCCCAGGCCCACACCAGGUGAACCAGGCCUCUUUCCCUCUCCAGAAGCCACAGAGGACUUUCUUGUUUUGCUUUGCCAGCGUGUGGCUUUAUGUGGAGGAUGGCAGGGCCAAAAACCAGGGGCUGGCGGGAUGCAGCGGGCUGACUGAGCCCCGAGCCCCUGCCGGGCCACUGCAGUAACACACCUUGGUGCCAACAAUCCACUGCCCAGGGCGUGUGGGGACAGCCAGGGGCUGGCAGCAGUGCAGAAUGCCCCUCUGCCUCCCGGGGAGGGGGACAGUGUGGCUCUGUCCCUUUCUGCUCUCCCGGAGCCAGCCCAGGCCCGGCCCCGCUGUGCUCAGCUUUCCUGCCCGCCCCCCGGCCCGGGGAGCUGCGAUGGCGUGUGGAGUGAUAAAGCCGAUGAGCUGA